AGCAUAUCUCUCGCGCGUGCGCAGUAAGAAGCGACAAACCAAAACUGUCGUCCAACUUGAUAACCACGGUGUAAAACAGCUUCCACUGCACGAACAUUUCCAGCAAUGAGUCAGUGCAAAGUAGCUCUGGUCACUGGUGCAAAUAAAGGCAUCGGCUUCGCGAUCGCGCGUGCAUUGUGUAAAGAGUACACUGGAGACGUGUAUCUGUCAUCCAGGGAUGUCGGACGAGGAACUGCAGCGGUGGACAGUUUGAAGAAGGAGGGACUGAACCCGCUUUUCCAUCAGCUUGACAUCAAUGACCCAAACAGUGUCCGAACUGCACGCGACUUCUUCCAGGAGAAGUACGGGGGCCUGGACGUGCUCAUCAACAACGCUGGAAUCGCCUUUAAAAUGGCCGACACAACCCCCUUUGGGACCCAAGCAGAUGUGACAUUGAAGACCAACUUCUUUGCCACCAGAGACAUGUGCAAUGUGUUCUUACCCAUUAUCAAACCAGGAGGUCGAUUAGUAAAUGUCUCCAGCGUAAUGGGCUCAAUGGCACUAGGCCGCUGCAGUCCAGAACUCCAGGCCCGAUUCCGAAGUGACGAUAUCACAGAGGAAGAGUUAAAUGGACUAAUGGAGCGAUUCGUCCGUGAGGCUCAGGAAGGGGUUCAUUCAGAACGAGGAUGGCCCUCAACAGCCUAUGGCAUCUCUAAAACUGGCCUCACCACCCUGACUCGAAUCCUAGCCCGAAAUCUGACCAAAGAAAGACCUGGGGAUGAGAUCCUGUGCAACGCCUGCUGUCCAGGAUGGGUCAGGACUGACAUGGCUGGACCAAAUGCAACCAAAUCACCAGAUGAGGGCGCCAUCACUCCAGUGUACUUGGCAUUGCUGCCUGCAGGAGCUAAAGAGCCUCAUGGCCAGUUUGUUUCAGAGAUGAAAGUGCAGCCUUGGUGAAAGAGAGGUUUGUGUAUAUGUUAUAGUCUGGAGUCAAGUCGAGAAACAUCCAAAUGAACCUCUCUGGUAUCAUAAAGCCCAACUCAGACUGAUUCUUAAAGGGAUAAUUCACACACAACUGAAAAUCCUCUUUGUUUACUCACCAUUCCCUUCUUCCAAAUAAGCUUUACUUACUUUUUAAGCUGUCAGUGGUUACAGGUUUUCAGCAUUCUUCAAAAUAUCUUCUUUUGUGUUCAACUGAAUAAAGAAACUGGUUUGGAACCAGUCGAAGGAGAGUAAAUAGUGAGUAAAUGUUCAUUUUUUGGUGAACUAUCCCUUUAAGGUGCUCCAGAAAUAAGUUUCUAAGUGCAAUUGUGCAAUUAAUUGUAAAUAUAACACAAAAAGCUUUACAAUUUUGUCAAAGAUUUGAUUAAUGUGGUGAAUUGAAGGUUUCAAGUAUGCUUUUUAAAGGGAUAGUUCACACAAAACUGAAAAUUCUCAUGGUUUACUCACCAUUCGCUUCUUCCAAACUAGCUUUGUUUACUUUCAAGCUGUCAGUGGCUACCGGUUUUCAGCAUUCUUCAAAAUAUCUUCUUUUGUGUGAAGCAAAAUAAAGAAACUUGGGUUUGGAAUCAGAGGAGAGUAAAUAGUGAGUAAAUGUUCAUUUUUGGAUGAACUAUCCCUUAAAGGUGCUCUCGAAAUAAGUUACUAAGUGCAUUGUGCAAUUAAUUGUAAAUGUAACACAAAAAGCUUUACAAUUUGGUUAAGGAAUUGAUGAAUAGGCAAAUAGAGUGUAUUUUAAGUGUUUUUUUUAAAAAGGAUAGUUCACCCAUAAUUGAAACUUUCAGUUAAUGUUAAGUUGCUUACUCUAAGGCAAUGGCCGUGAACUCAAUUCCUGGAGGGCCACAGCUCUCCAUAGUUUAACUCCAACCACCUCCAACUCACACCUGCUUAAUAGUCUAGUAGUCUUAAACACUGAUUAAUUUGAUCAGCUGUGUUUGAUUAGAGAAAAUCUGUGCAGAGCUGCGGCCCUCCAGGAAUUGAGUUUGAGUCCUAUUCUCUAAGGACAUCUGAAGAAUGUUAGAGACAUUUUCUCUUCAGUAAAAUGUUUUUUUUUAGCCAUGGUGAUUAUAUAAUGCUAAUGAAGAGCACUUUGAGAGUUGAUAAAACAAAAUAAAAAAACGUGCCUACUGACUUUAGGCCAUAUUGAGGGACGUAAACAAUAACACAGGUCCUAAGGAAUUUUCUUUUUUAGAAUUUUUUAAUUUCCAUAACUUCUGAGGGUCUAGAAAGCUCCACAUAUUGAUAGGUGUUUAAUGACAGUCGUGUUACCAUUACUUAUGACUGAAUCACAUCUUGUAACAGUUCUGAAAUAGUUUGACGACAAGCAGGAACUGUUCAUGGAACAAUAAUAUCGCCAUAUUGAAAUGAUCUAUGUAUUGUCAUCCUAACAUUUCAUACAUCCUGACAUUUAUGCAUUACUCAAUUUUUUUUUGUAUAUAUUUUUUUGUCUCUCAAUUUUGAUGAAUCAAUCAAGGACCACACGUUCAGAUAAAAAAAAAGUCUUCUUUGAAUUACUGGAUCUGAAUCACCUACAUUUUUGAUGGCCUGAGGGUGAUUUAAAUUAACAGUAAAUUUUAUUUUUGUGUGAACUGUCCCUUUAAAGUACAUGACUGCAACCACAUAAAUACAUUUUUAUGUGAAAUUUGGAAGUUUUGUUAAACUUCACAGACCAAAAUGUGCGCAAAGAUCCAUUUUGAGCAAAAAAAGCUGUUUAUUUACAAUGCAAAUACAAACAUUAGCUACAUUACACUGUAAAAAGUGAUUAGUUGACUUUAAAACAGUGUUUCUCAACCACGUUCAUGGAGGACCACUAAUACUGCAUGUUUUGGAUGUCUCCGUUGUCUGUCACACCUGUUGCAGGUCUUUCAGUGUCUGCUAAUGAGCUAAUGAUAUGAAUCAGGUGUGUUGGAUUAGGAGACAUGGAAAUGUGCUGAGCUGGUGACCCUCCAGGAAAUUGUUGGAGAAACACUGCUUUAAAACAAGUUUAAACCUGUUGCUUUUAAAGCGAUAAGUUGACUUUACUCAAAGUGAGUAAAUCCGUUGCCUUAAAAUUAUUUAAAUGAACUGUGCCUAAUUAUAAAAGUUAUUAUUAAACUGAUUAUAAAAAAGUUAUUUACAAACAAUUAUAAAACAGAUCUACUCACUUUUUUAAGUAAAAGUCAACUUGUUCCUUGUAGGCAACUUGUUUACUCCCUUUCAAAAGUAAAGCAAUUAAUCGCUUUUCAGUGUAAUUACUUCUAAAUUAACAAUCAUUUUUACUCUGUGUAUUGUGAGUGCUCUUGUAAUGUUUGAAUUUAUCAAUGUUGUAUUUCUACAUAAUAUUGAUGAUAGUUUGUUUAAUCUGAAAAUAAAAAUGAAUUACAACAAUGUUA